GAGAGAGUCAGAUUAAUGAACCGAAGCUGAAAAAGAAGCAGGAUUCGGGUUUCUCUGGAUUUCUCUCUUUCUUUUUACUUUUUUUCCUCCUGUCGAAUGUAAAUGAACAAACUGAAGGAUUGAUGAACUGAUGAACUGAUGAACUGAUGAAUUGAUGAACGGAUCGACAGCAGAAGAAAAGUGGAUUCAUUUCUGAUCAGUCCGAGUGAUCGCGGGUAAAAUGUGGAGAAGUUGUUUGUGCUUGUGAAAUAAAAGAAGAAGAAGCGGAUGCGAUCAAAGCGACGCGGAACUGAUCAAACUGCGGAUCGAUCAAAGAUGAUUAUCGGUGUUUGGAGCUGAGAGACAGAAGCAGCGGAGAUGUACGAGGAGAGCCGCAAAAGUGCCGGACGCAACGGCUACACCAAAACAGUGGAUGGAGAGGAAGGAGGAGGGGAGGGGGAGGAAGAGGAGGAGGGAGGAGAGGGGGAUGGAGGAGGAGAAGGAGGUGAUGAGAGGGACGCAGAGUGGGACGAAGAGUUGGACGGAGAGAACGAGGGAGGCGUGAGGAUGACGAGGACGGACACGCUUCACUCAACCACAAGUUCGACUGGAACACAGAGAAAGAGAGGACAACACGCCAAGAAACAGGUGCAGGGCAGUAAUCAGGUCCAACGAGCUCCUCGAGCUUUGUUCUGUCUGAAACUCAACAAUCCAAUCAGACGAGCCGCUCUCUCUAUCGUCGAGUGGAAACCCUUCGAUAUCUUCAUCCUGUUAGCCAUCUUUGCUAACUGUGUUGCUCUGGGAGUUUCCAAACCGUUUCCUGAGGAUGACUCCAACUCCACCAACCACGACCUGGAACAAGUGGAGUACGUCUUCCUCAUCAUCUUCACUGUGGAGACCUUCCUGAAGAUCCUGGCCUAUGGUCUGGUGAUGCACCCCAGCUCCUACAUCCGCAACGGCUGGAACCUGCUCGACUUUGUCAUCGUCAUCGUCGGGUUGUUCAGCGUCGUCUUGGAAACGAUGACUCAUAAGUCUGGCGAGCAGGCAACCACUCAUCACAUGCCAGGGAAACCCGGAGGUCUGGAUGUCAAAGCUCUGAGAGCCUUCAGAGUCCUGAGGCCCCUCAGGCUGGUCUCUGGAGUCCCCAGUCUGCAGAUUGUGUUGAACUCCAUCAUGAAGGCGAUGGUUCCUCUGCUCCACAUCGCUCUGCUGGUUCUCUUUGUCAUCAUCAUCUACGCCAUCAUUGGUCUGGAGCUCUUCAUCGGACGCAUGCACAGGACCUGCUACUACACAGGAACAGAUAAUUUUGUGGAGGACGACCCGGUGCCUUGUGCGUUCGCCGGUCACGGUCGUCAGUGCACAGUGAACGGCUCAGAGUGUCGGGGGAGGUGGGACGGUCCCAACGGAGGAAUCACCAACUUCGACAACUUCUUCUUUGCCAUGCUGACGGUGUUCCAGUGCAUCACUAUGGAGGGAUGGACCGACGUUCUGUACUGGAUGAAUGAUGCCAUCGGCUUCGAGCUGCCGUGGGUUUAUUUUGUCAGUCUGGUGAUUUUUGGCUCGUUCUUCGUUCUCAACCUGGUUCUGGGAGUCCUCAGCGGAGAGUUCAGUAAAGAGAGGGAGAAGGCAAAGGCUCGAGGAGAUUUCCAGAAGCUGCGGGAGAAGCAGCAGAUGGAGGAGGAUCUGUGCGGAUACAUGGACUGGAUCACUCAGGCUGAGGACAUGGACGAACUGGAUGAGGACGGAAACCCACGUCCGUCUCUGGGCGAUUUGUCAGACAAGAAGAGGGGGAAGUUUGGAUGGUUCAGUCACUCCAAUGAAACCCACGCCAGUCUUCCUGCCAGUGAAACAGCUUCUGAAAACACUGAAAACAUUGAUGAGGAACACACCAACUGCUGCCAGGCCUGCUGCGCUCGGAUGAUGAAGAUCAGCUGCUGUCGGACGCUGCGUCGGUGGAAUCGUGUCUGUCGCAGAAACUGUCGCACUGCCGUCAAAUCGGUGACGUUUUAUUGGCUGGUUCUGCUGCUCGUCUUCCUCAACACUUCUCUCAGCGCCUCCGAGCACUACAACCAACCCGACUGGCUGACACAAGUCCAGGACAUCGCCAACAAGGUGCUGCUGUCUCUGUUCACGGUGGAGAUGCUGCUGAAGAUGUACAGUCUGGGUCUGGCUCAUUACUUCGUGGCGUUCUUCAACCGCUUCGACUGCUUCGUGGUGUGUGGCGGCAUCAUGGAGACCAUCCUGGUGGAGCUGGAGAUCAUGCCUCCUCUGGGGAUCUCCGUGCUGCGCUGCGUCCGCCUGCUGAGGAUCUUCAAGGUCACGCGCCAUUGGACGGCUCUGUCCAAUCUGGUGGCGUCCCUACUGAACUCCAUGAAGUCCAUCGCCUCCCUCCUGCUCCUCCUCUUCCUCUUCCUCAUCAUCUUCGCUCUGCUCGGCAUGCAGCUGUUCGGAGGAAAGUUCAACUUUGACGAGACGCAGACCAAACGCAGCACCUUCGACGCCUUCCCUCAGGCGCUUCUCACCUGCUUCCAGAUCCUGACAGGCGAGGACUGGAACGUGGUCAUGUAUGACGGCAUCAUGGCGUACGGAGGCCCCGUGUUCCCGGGGAUGAUCGUCUGCGUGUACUUCGUCAUCCUCUUCAUCUGCGGUAACUACAUCCUGCUGAACGUCUUCUUGGCCAUUGCUGUGGACAACCUGGCCGGAGGAGACGGAGACGACAAGAAGAAAGAUGAGAAGAAGGAGGGAGCCGAGGAGGAGGCUGAAGAAGGAGAAGUGAAGGUGGACAUUGAUGAAGACACCGAGUACGAGGAGGAAGAAGAGCUUCCUGAAGGAGACGACGAGGAGGAGGGAGGGGUCCAGUUAAAGAUGGCCGACCUCGCUCCUCCUAAAGAGAAGGUCCUUCCAAUCCCAGAGGGCAGCGCGUUCUUCUGCCUCAGCAAAACAAACCCUAUCCGUGUGGCCUGUCACACUCUGAUCCACCACCACAUCUUCACCAACCUCAUCCUCGUCUUCAUCAUCCUCAGCAGCUGCUCAUUGGCUGCCGAGGAUCCAAUCAGAGCCCACUCCUUCAGGAACAACAUUCUGGGUUAUGCAGACUACGCCUUCACCUCCAUCUUCACUGUGGAGAUCCUGUUAAAGAUGACGGUCCAUGGAGCGUUCCUCCAUCAGGGCUCGUUCUGCAGGAACUGGUUUAACCUGCUGGAUCUCCUGGUCGUCAGCGUCUCACUGGUCUCCUUCUUCCUGCACUCCAGUGCCAUCUCGGUGGUGAAGAUCCUCCGAGUCCUCAGGGUGCUCAGGCCUCUGAGAGCCAUCAACAGAGCCAAAGGACUCAAGCAUGUGGUCCAGUGUGUGUUUGUGGCCAUCAGGACGAUCGGAAACAUCAUGAUCGUCACGACUCUGCUUCAGUUCAUGUUCGCCUGCAUCGGAGUCCAGCUGUUUAAGGGUAAAUUUUAUCGCUGCACAGACGAAGCCAAACACACUCCUGAACAGUGCAAAGGGACCUUUGUGGUGUAUAAAGAUGGAGAUGUGAGCCAUCCCAUGGUCAGAGAGAGGCUGUGGCACAACAGUGACUUUAACUUUGAUAACGUGUUGAUGGGGAUGAUGGCGCUCUUCACCGUGUCCACGUUCGAGGGUUGGCCCGCGCUGCUGUACAAAGCCAUUGAUGCUAACGGGGAGAACUCUGGUCCCAUCUACAACUACCGGGUGGAGAUCUCCAUCUUCUUCAUUGUCUACAUUAUCAUCAUCGCCUUCUUCAUGAUGAACAUCUUCGUGGGUUUCGUCAUCAUCACCUUCAGAGAGCAGGGAGAGCAGGAGUACAAGAACUGUGAGCUGGACAAGAACCAGCGUCAGUGUGUGGAGUACGCUCUUAAGGCUCAGCCUCUGAAACUUUACAUCCCGAAGAAUCCGGUUCAGUACAAGUUCUGGUCCAUCAUCAACUCCACAGGAUUCGAAUACGUCAUGUUCGUGCUGAUUCUGCUCAACACCGUCACUCUGGCUGUUCAGCACUAUGAACAGUCUAAGACCUUCAGCUACAUCAUGGACAUCCUGAACAUGGUGUUUACUGGACUCUUCACCGUGGAGAUGCUGCUGAAGCUGCUCGCCCUCAGACUCAGGGUGAGAAAAACAGUGUCCUCUGUUACACAUCGUAAAGGUUUUACUUUGAUGUGUCGUCAUGUGGUUCACGUGUCGGCGUUCACGCUCAGACACGGAGCUCGCUCUGAGUCUCACUCCUCCUUCUUGCAGCAUUACUUCAUAGACGCCUGGAACUCGUUCGACGCUCUGAUCGUGGUCGGCAGCGUGGUCGAUAUCGUCGUCACAGAGUUCAGUAGUGGAGAGGACAGCUCUCGAGUGUCCAUCACCUUCUUCCGUCUGUUUCGAGUGAUGCGACUGGUCAAGCUGCUGAGUAAAGGGGAGGGGAUUCGUACGCUGCUGUGGACUUUCAUCAAAUCACUGCAGGCUCUGCCGUAUGUCGCUCUGCUCAUCGCCAUGAUCUUCUUCAUCUACGCCGUCAUUGGCAUGCAGACAUUUGGGAAGAUAGCGAUGCAGGAUCACACUCAGAUCAACAGAAACAACAACUUCCAGACGUUCCCUCAGGCUGUUCUGCUCCUCUUCAGGUGUGCUACAGGUGAGGCGUGGCAGGAGAUCAUGUUGGCCAGCCUCCCAGGUAAACGCUGUGACCCCGAGUCAGACUACGAACCAGGAGAGGAGUUCAGCUGCGGCAGCAACUUCGCCAUCGUUUACUUCAUCAGCUUCUUCAUGCUGUGUGCUUUCCUGAUCAUCAACCUGUUUGUUGCUGUCAUCAUGGACAACUUUGACUAUCUGACACGUGAUUGGUCGAUUCUGGGGCCACAUCAUCUGGACGAGUUUAAGAGGAUCUGGUCUGAAUACGACCCAGAGGCCAAGGGUCGAAUCAAACACCUGGACGUUGUGGCUCUGCUCAGGAGGAUUCAGCCUCCUCUGGGUUUUGGGAAGCUCUGUCCUCACAGAGUGGCCUGUAAGCGUCUCGUAGCCAUGAACAUGCCUCUGAACUCUGAUGGGAUGGUGACCUUCAACGCCACGCUCUUCGCUCUGGUUCGCACCGCCCUCAAGAUCAAGACGGAAGGUAACCCUGAUCAGGAGAACGAGGAGCUGAGGGUGAUCAUCAAGAAGAUUUGGAAAAGAAUGAAACCAAAACUACUGGACGAAGUCAUUCCACCGCACGAAGAGGAGGAAGUGACCGUUGGGAAGUUCUACGCCACGUUCCUGAUCCAGGAUUACUUCAGGAAGUUCAGGAAGAGGAAGGAAAAAGGAGCUUUGACCGGAGAGUCCGACUCCACCAACCCGUCUGCUGUCCAGCUGUGUAAAGCCGGUCUGAAGACUCUGCAGGAUCUUGGUCCAGAGAUGCGUCUGGCUCUGAACGAGGACCUGGAGGAGGAGGAGGAGGCCAUGAUGGAGGAUGGAGAGCUGGAGGAGAAUGCUGCAUACAGGGGCGACAACGGGUUUGGACCAGAGAAAGAUCGACGAGGCUCCGCACUGACCACGCCCACUGGUCCUGGUGGUGUCAUUGGGGACGGAGGCGUAUCUAACGGAGGUCUGAUCCACCGGGUCGGUUCUCUCACCAAGAUGCCGAAUGGCAGCGAACACGACGAACAUCUUCACCGUGGAGACAAGAUGAGGUCAUCUGUCAAUCAUCAUCACCACCGCCACCCGUCAGUGAAGAACGGCCUGCUGGACCAUGCCCAUAAGAGACCAUCAUACAGCAAACAUGGAAGGAGGGACUCAAGGGACAGAUACUGGAGGAACGGGGACACGGAGGUGUAUGGAGAGCAGGGUUACUACAGCAGAGAGGAAGACAACGACAGCAUCACCUCCAGAGACAGAAAUUACCCCGAUGAGCCUCCUCUGUACAGAGACCAGUACGACAGCCACAACCCGUACUCCAACAGCUGCUAUGGCAACGGCUACAGCAAAGGCAGGAGGACGACCCGGAGACGCCUACUUCCUGCCACACCCACAGGUCGGAAACCUUCAUUUAACAUCCAGUGUCUGAGGAGGCAGGGGAGCAGUGACGACCUGCCCAUCCCCGGGACGUACCACCCCACCUCACCCCCACGCCGCACGCUAACGCAGACAUUCAGCGGUUACGAGUCCCAUCACUCCUCCGGUCGCUCCUCAGCAGCCUCCUCAGCGUCCUGGGCAAACCCAUGUCCUCGGCGUGGACGCCUUCUCUACGCCCCUCUCAUCCUGGUGGAGGAGGAAGGCAGCCCACCCUGGGGGGGAGGAGGACCCGCGGGUGAGGGAAAGAAGGGAGGAGCAGGAAGAGGUGUCAGUGUGACAGGUGCGGCACCCAGACCAGCCUGGUAUGGUGGCCCUGCAGGGACAUCAGCGCCGCCCCCAUACAGAGCCUACACCACCCUCAGAGUUCCCUCUCAGCUCGGAGCUCAGUUAACCGAGAAACGAGGAUCGGCCGACAGUCUGGUGGAGGCGGUUCUGAUCUCAGAGGGUCUCGGUCUUUACGCUCGGGAUCCAAAGUUUGUAGCGUUUGCAAAGCGGGAGAUUGCCGAUGCUUGUCACAUGACGGUGGAUGAGAUGGAGUCAGCUGCCAGCGACCUGCUUGGCUCGGGGAGCCAUGGUUUCCUUGGCAAUGCCACCACUGACCCCGCUGCGCUCUACAGCGACGAGGAGCCAAUCAGGACAGGCCGUGACGAGGACGAGCUGGCUGACGAGAUGACCUGCGUCACAUCGUUUUGAAGCUCUGGACCAAUAAGGGACAAGAGACAGGGGCCUGAGAGAGGCUGGGCAUCGUAAUGUUUGAACCUGUUGGGGUGUGACUGACAGGUCAUUUGACCAAUCACAGGACAAGAAAGAAAAAGGUGUCGGGGGGGGGGGGGGGUUAUCAAAGCAAAGCUGACUGAGGCUAAAGGUCAGUGUGAAGUUAACUUUAGCGGUUUCUGAGUUCUGUUCGGGAAAAGGGAGGUGAUGGAGGAAGGAGAGAAAGAGAAGUGAAG